GUCCUCUCAGGAGCUAUCACUCUUGAUUAGACCUGGGAUAGCUGCAAUGGACAACCGGGCACUAAGACCUAAGCAUUUCUUAUGGAUUAUAUUGCCCGUGUGCCUUCACUUGACAGGCUCAACUCUUGCCACUCCAACAGGAAGCCCUGAAGCAACUUUAUCAAGCAGGACCCUCAGCGCAUCUUUCGGUUCCCCCACUGGCUCAGCAUUUCCCACCAACCCGAUCUCCAGCAACCCAACAGCUACUCACCUCAACUCUAUCAAAACAAACAUCCCAACCCCAGGAAUUUCCUCUGGUGUAUCUUCUCUCUCUGGUUCAAUCACCCCAAUUUCCUCCCAUCCCAGUGUCCCCGGCUCGGUAUUGUCCACCCAUCCUGGCUUGACCAAUUCAAUACCUUUGAACCCAGGUUCCACCAACGUCCAAACAAGCAUCCCAACCUCAGGAAUUUCCUCUGGCAUAUCUGUCAACCCUGGUUCAUUCAGCCCAAUUUCCUCCCAUCCCAGUGUCCCCGGCUCAGUAUUGUCUACCCAUCCUGGCUUGACCAAUUCAAUACCUUUGAACCCAGGUUCCACCAACGUCCAAACAAGCAUCCCAACUUCAGGAAUUUCCUCUGGUUUAUCUGUCAACCCUGGUUUAAUCAGCCCAAUUUCCUCCCAUCCCAGUGUCCCCGGCUCAGUAUUGUCUACCCAUCCUGGCUUGACCAAUUCAAUACCUUUGAACCCAGGUUCCACCAACUUCCAAACCAGCAUCCCAAUCUCAGGAAUUUCCUCUGGUGUAUCUUCCAACUCUGGUUCAAUCAGCCAAAUUUCCUCCCAUCCCAGCAUCCCUGCCUCAGUCUUGUCCACCCAUCUUGGCUUGACCAAUUCAGUAUCCUUGAACCCUGGCUCCACCAACUUCCAAACAAGCAUCGCGACAUCAGGAAUUUCCCCUGGUGUAUCUUCCAACUCUGGUUCCACUAACUCAGGUUCAUCCUCUUACCCAGUUAGCAUUUCUACAAACAAUUCUCCAGUGAAUACUUUCACCACUCUUCCCACGUUACCUGGCUACCCUUCCCAAACUUUAUCUGGCUCAAGCACCACCAUAUCUCCUUUGCCAGAGCCAACUUCCAGCAUUACAACUUUUACCAACUCACCUGGCUCUAUUGGGUCCUCAGGUUCAGCACCUACUGGAUCCACAUCUAACAGCACAGUUUCCCUCAAGCCUGGAGAUGAAGCUGGUCUCACCUAUUGGAUUAUUAUUCUGAUUUGCGUAGUCUGUAUCGGAGCUGUUUUUUUGAUGCUUUGCUUCAGUUUCUUGCUUUGUUAUUGUUUACGACAAGGGAACACCAGUCCUGUCUGCUUCCCUAUGUACCAGACCCACAACAUUCCCCAAACCUACCAGAGUUCCUGUCAAGGAAGAAAACAAUCUUCUUGAUCUUAGCCUUACACCAAAUUACAAUAAGCUUCUUGAAACUGUUCCUGGACUUCUUGAGAACUUCCUCUUCUUCAGGAUGGAACUGCUGUAGCUUUCCUCUUGCUUGGGUGACAACCAUGGAAUAGUGAAGACAGUUGUGGAUUCAUAUAUUCCAAUUUAUAUAUUCUGCUGUGGUUCCUUCUGUUGUUUCAGACCAAUA